GGUUUAAGGGAAGGAGUUUGAAGUUUCGAGAUUUUCAGCGUUUUAGAUCAACGUUCGAUUUUCACGCAAGUCUUAUUCCACAAGCAGCCAACGAAAUGGAGGCAUACUUGAGAAAAAUCAAGAAAAACAGCGAUGUGUUUUUCAUGCAAGGGUUCCAUUCAAUUUCAAUUAAACAAAAAUGGAAACAGAAAUGUUCACAGAUCCCAAAAUCGGAAGUACCAAAUGUGGCCUUAAUUUAUUAGAUUACAUCCAUUAAUCAAGGGUUAAUUGGCAAGACUUUUGUUGGAGGGGCCAAGAAAGAAAAUUUUACUCCUUUUUGCUUCUUGGGUGGUUUUAAAAAUAGUUUGAGGUGCCUUUAUGGUUUAGAAUGUUUGUCCUCUUGUAAAUCUGAUUUUAGGUGCUUUAUCCUCUGAAUUCCACUCCACAAGUUCAACCAGUGAAAGUCCACAAAAAAAAGGACAAUGGGAAAAAAUUGAACUGAAGACAAAGAUUAUGGGGACAGCAAAAUUGGAAGGUACUUCACCCCUCACUGUAGUACCCACCACUGGUUAUGGAAAAGAAUUAGAAGAACCUUGGGGAAGAAAAGGCAUGUUGCCUCUUCCUGGAUCUUCCAUCUUUGGUCCUGAAGAAGAACUAGUAGAGCCACGUAUGAAACUCCAAAGAAUAAAAGGUGCCUCAUCUUCUGAAUUCCACUCCAUAAGUUCAAUCAGUAAAAGUCCACAGAAUCAAGAAGAGCUGAAAAAAUGGAAACAGAAGACAAAGAUUGUUGAGACAGAGAAACUGAAAGGUACUUCACCCCUCACUGUAAUACCCACCACUGGUCAUGGAAAAGAACUUAUAGGAAAAGCACAGGGAAGGAAAGGUGAACAGGAAGCUCAGUUUGAAUUAAUUUCUAAAGUGGAUAUGUUCAGUGUGUUCAGUUAUUAUGUCAAGUUUGAAAUCAACCAUUUAGAAAAAUUGUCUCAUCAUAAUAAGCCACAGCCAACUUAA